AGAAAAGGAGAAGAGGUUGAGUUCAGCAAGAACACAACCUAACGGGGCUGAGCUCUCUAGGCUGCAUGAUGCUGCACCUGCUACUGCCACUCCUGCUGGGGGCCGUGCUUCCAGUACCACUUCUCCACAGGCUCAGCGACACAGUCCCUGAGGAUUUUGCUGUUCCCCUGGAGCUCCCACAGCAGCACUUUGGCCUGGUGGAUGAUUAUGGCAUUAAACCGAAGCAUCCCCAGUUCCAGACUCGAGCCCCCCGCCAGCAGCCAGCAGGCCUGCACCAAGCACACAAGAGCAAGCGAGAUGAGCCAGACAUGGCAGAGUAUUAUGAUGAUAAUGUCCUGUGAGCGACCAGUGGACUCCCUGCAGUGGAGGCGCUAGGAGCCCAAGGGCUAGGACUGCCAGCUCCGCCCUUGUGCACCAACUGUUUUAUAAAGAUGCCCUGUACAGCAAGGCAGGCGGAAGGGGCUGUGUAACUGUGUGUGGGGGAAGAGGGUGCUGAAGGCAGAGGUUUGCCCCUGUGCCACACUUUGCCUCUUUCCCCCAGAUGUUUCUUCAGCUGCUGGAGAGGAGGUAGCUGAAGAUGUAGCCUCGAAUAAAGGUUGCCUGGUGCCA